AUGGAUAGGAAAUCUGAGUCCCACCUCUUUAAGUGGGAAGACGAAGCAAUACCUGAUGAAGUUAGUAUGGUGGAGGCCAAAGUCUUGGAUCUCGUCCACGACUUUCAGUCCCUCUCGAAGAGCGUGGCCCAAUCUAUGGAUGAAGCAACUCGACAGUUCAAAGAAGACAUGGAUGCUACUCUCAAUUCAAACAUGAAAACAACACUUCUCAGCAACAAUGGACCGGUUCAUAACUUCGGAGCUGCUGUUGGCAUUGUGUUAGCUAUCGCAUGCCUCUAUUGGAAGCUCCUCUGA